UUGUUAGGUCUUGAUGUUGAUGGUCGAAUUGUUGAUGGUGUUGUUGUUGAAAAAGAAAAAGCUCGUGUUACAUUUGAAAAAGAAGUUCGAAAAGGAGUUGAUCCUGGUUUUGUUGAGAUGGUUGCAGGAAAUAUAUUUCGUACAAGAGUAUAUCCAAUCGAAGCUGGUGGAACACGAAUUGUUCGUGUUAUUUAUCAAGAUCAAGCACAGAUCGAUAAUGAUAGUUUCGUCUUUCAUAUUCCAAUUUAUUUUACAACAACUCUUCAUAGUUUAGAUAUUAAAUUAAUUUGUUCAGAUACUUCAAAUAACUCAAAACCAACAUUUAUUUCCAAGUGGAAUUCUAAUCAACAGUUUAUUCAAACAAAUGGUAAAUAUUGUUCUGAACUUCAUCUCACUAAUGUGAAACCACAACAAGAUGAACAAUAUAUUUCAUAUAAGCUAAAAAAUUUUAGUGCAUCACAAUCACUUUGUGGUGUGGAAGUGGAUAUUGAUAAUCCUGAUAAAGCUUAUUUUGCUUUAUGUUAUGUUCCACCAACAAUAUCAAAGAAAAAUAAUAAAAUGUUUAAUUCUCGACAAACAUUAUCACUUUGUAUAUUAUGGGAUGGAAGUUUAAGUCGAUUUAAUAUUGAAAAUCGUAAUUAUGAAAUAAAUAUUCUUGAGAAAAUGUUAAAUAUUUGGAAAUUAAAUGGUAUUAAUAUUAGUUUAACAUUAAUUAUCUUUCGAAAUGUAUUAGAAGAUGCGAAUCUAUUUCAAUUAUCUGAUCCAAAUGCUUGGUCACAAAUUCAUCAUAUAUUAACAAAUCUAUCUUAUGAUGGUGCAACAAAUAUAUUUCAAUUAUCGACUAUUCCAACUAUGUUUCCUAAUGUGACACAUUAUUUUUUAUUUAGUGAUUGUUUAUCAACCAUUGGAAAUGAUGAUUCUGUUCUAUUGAAUAAUUUUCUGAUGAAACCGAUCUGGAUUUUUAAUGCAAAUGUUGUCCAAGAUGCAAUGAAUUAUCCAUUAAUCAA